UUGAGGAGGAUGUGUGGGCGCCACUUGACAGACAAUGAGGGUCUUCGGUGGACUCAGGACGAGUUGCUCGAAAUGUUGGAAAAAGAAGGAGCGCGAGGUCACUACAUUGAGAAAUGUUGUUGUGAAAGUUGAGUUGAAUGCACGGACGGUGGUGGAAAGUUUCAUAGAAUCAAAACGAAAGGAAGAGGUAAGAGAUUCCUCUGUGUCUGGUGAUGGUGUUAUGAAGAAGGAGGUGGAUGUUGCUGAGGAGUUGGACAAAGAGUUUAAGCGUUUAAUUCAAUCUCAAAUCAGAGACGAUUUGUUGGACGCCGUUUGUGAGCUUAGUACUAAAGUUGAGCCGCAUGUUUCAGAGGAGCUUAAGGAUUUGCGUGACCGAUUAGAGAGAGUAGAAAGUGAGAUAAGAAAAGUGUUGUUAAAUGGUGCCUUACCGUCAGCUGAUCCUUCUUUUGCCCCGUACCUGUUUGGGAUUCCGUCGAAUGCAACUCUGGAGGACCUUCCGAAAAUGCGUUUGAUUGCUAUGUUGGAAUCGUUACGGAAGAUCGGUGGAGAGCUGGUGCAUAGGAAUGCAUUGUUGGAGGUGCAAAGUGCAAUGAAGUUUCCCGUGAGUGAUAUUCCAGGUGCAGGUGCAGAUGCAGGCCGAGAUGCAAGGCCAGGUGCAGGGCCAGGUGCAGGUGAAGAUCCAGGCCCAGGUGCAGCCGCAGGUCCCGGUGCAGGGCCAGGUGCAGGCCCAGACUCAGGUGCAGUCUCAGGUGCAGGUGCAGGUGCGGAUGCAGGGGCAGGGAAAAGUUUAGAUGCAGGGCCAGGUGUAGCUCCAGAUGGGCAAGCAUCUACUCAAAUGAAUAUGGCGGUCGACAGCCAGGUAGAUAGGCCGGUGGAAGGAAUAUCAUGGUCCGAUGUGCUGACGCAAAUUCGGGCGCAUAAUGAUGGGGAUGGUGUAUUUGGAAAAUGGCUCGCCGAUGCUCGCACGCAGAGGAAAUAUCUUGAGGAAUGUAGUGAACGAUAUGAGUAUGGCAUGGCUUCGCAAAUUCAUGACAUGGAGCAACGUCUACUUCCACGUAAGUCUCAAGUGCCUUAUGGAAUUGGAGGUAAGGUUCCGAACGAUUCCGCAUUGAAAGGAGAAUGCGGCCGCUAUUUGACUGACAAUGAAGGCCUUCGGUGGACUCAGGCUGAGUUGCUUGGGAUGUUGAAGAAGAAGGAGGAGGAAGUGACUGCGCUGAGAAGUGCAUUCCCAAAAAUUGAGGUGAAUGCACAAUCAGUGCUCGAAAGUUUCCUGGAAAGGAAACGACGUGAAGAGGUGAGAGAUUUGUAUUUGUCUGGUAGUGUGGAUGGGAAGAAGGAGGAGAAUGUUGGCGAGGACAUUGCGAGCCAACUUCCGUCUUUGAUCCAAUCCUCGAUUAGAAAUGACUUGCUUGACCAAGUUGCUGAACUUAGUACUAAAGUUGAUCCACAUCUGUCCCAAGAGUCGAUUGAGAACACCAUGACUAUUGUUGCGAAUGCUAGCACGGUUCGAGCAUUUGGCAUUGGUGGUCGAGAACUGUGCAGGUCGUGUAAUGGUAUUGGACUCGCUGUGGCGUCCAGUGGGAUAGCCGCGACUCUUUUGACUGAUGGUCGAACAUUUCACUCGCGAUUUCGAGCACCUUUGAAACCUGAUAACACGCGUCCCUUCAAUAUUCCGAAACAGGGUGAUCUUGCCGAACUUAUCCGGUGUGCGGACUUGAUCGUUUGGGAUGAGGCUCCGAUGAGUAACAAGUUCCACUCGGAAGCUCUUGACAUUACGCUUCGAGAUCUCUGUAACAGUAACCUCCCGUUUGGAGGAAAGGUUUUGCUUCUUUCUGGGGACUUUCGGCAGGUUUUGCCCGUUGUGAAGCAUGGGUCUCGAGCGCAACAAAUUGAUGCCUCUAUCAAAAUGUGUCCUUUGUGGAAACUCUUUGAGGUUCAUUGCCUGAGUGAGAAUAUGCGGAUCUUAAGCUUAGGGGAUGAUCCAAUGGCGCAAAUGUAUGACGUGUUUUUGAUGCGUAUUGGGAAUGGGGAUCAUAUUCGUUUUGUUCCUAAUGAACCUGCCGCGGUCAAACUGCCGCAUGAGAUUUGCACUGAUAAACCUAUUCGUGAUUUGAUUUCCUGGACGUUUGGGGACUAUUUUUACGCUCGAUUGAUUCUCUGCGCCACCAAUGAUGAUGCGGGGUGUGUUAACGAUAUGGUUCUCAACGAUUUCCCUGGCGAGGUGCGUGAAAGUUAUAGUGUUGAUUACCCUGCUUCUGAUGAUCACGAACUUGCUAUCCAACAGGAGUUCUUAAAUUCUCUUAAUGAGUCUGGUCUUCCGCCUCACAAACUGCGCUUGAAAAUUGGUGCGCCUGUGAUGUUGUUGCGCAAUUUGUCGCCCAAAUAAGGACUUUGCAAUGGCACAAG